AUGACUUCUUCCGACUCAUCGCCAGAAGUACUACUCUCCUCUGCUUCCUCCUCCAAUUCCUCUUCUUUACCCUCUCAAUGGAGUUAUGAUGUAUUCUUGAGCUUUCGAGGUGAGGAUACCCAUUAUGGUUUUACUGGUCAUCUUCAUAGUGCUCUGCAUCAAAAGGGAAUUAACACUUUUAAAGAUGACAAGGAGCUGAGAAAAGGUGAAGAAAUUUCACCGGCACUUUUAAAGGCCAUUGAAGAGUCAAAGGUUUCGAUCAUUAUAUUUUCUGAAAAAUAUGUGUCAUCUACGUGGUGUUUGGAUGAGCUGUUGCAAAUCCUAAGGUGUAAAGAAUCAAAGCAACAGAAGGUUGUAGCAGUCUAUUACAAAGUCGAGCCAUCUACAGUACGACACCAAAUAAAUAGUUUCGAAUUAAAAACAGCGUUGGCUGAACAUAAAGACGCGUUGAAGGAUGAUGCUAAAGUUCAGAGGUGGAAGACUGCCUUAAAACAAGCUGCCGAUCUAUCCGGUUUUCAUUUACAGAUCAACGAGAACGAAUCUAAAUUUAUCGAAGAAAUUGUUCAAGAGGUCUAAAAAAUAGUACUGAAUCGUACAUAUUUGCAUGUUGCUGAGUAUCCAGUGGGAAUAAACUCUCGUGUAGAAGAUAUUAGUGAGCUAUUAUGUAUUGAGGAGAAUGACAUACGCAUGAUAGGGAUUUUUGGUGUUGGUGGAAUUGGAAAAACAACUAUUGCAAAAGAGAUGUAUAACCGCAUUACUGAUCAAUUUGAAGGCAAUUGUUUUCUUGCAAA